CACGACGGACGGGAAGAGGAACAAGAACAAGAACAAGAACAAGAACAAGAACAAGAACAAGAACAAGAACAAGAACAAGAACAAGAACAAGAACAAAAAGUGGCAGCAGCAGAAGAAUACUGGUGGUAGGUCAAAUACCGCCAUCUACCACACACAAAAGCUACCUAGCUUCAUCAACGCGCACGACGCCAGUUCCAUUGGGCUUAGAUCAACAACAAAACGAUCUUCUUUCCUUGCUUGAUCUUGAUCUUGAGCUUUAGCUCAUUUCUACCAUUGUCUUAACUCUGAACAUUCUCGGUGCCUAGGUUAUCUAUCUGCCUACCUAGUAUCUCACGGUGACGAUUGAUCUCCUUUUUAAAUCUAUUUUCAUUUCAUCCUUCUCCUCAGGAGAUUUUGAUCUCUUACUAUUUCAUAUCAGUCCUUUCAUCUCUGCACUCACGAUAGAGCUUAUUGUGAUUGUUGACGCAGAAGUCUCUCCACAAUUAGGAGUUCCUCAACAUAGUUAUCAUGGUUCCCUCCUUAUGGGGUUCCAAGAAGGAUAGCGAACACCUUUCAGCUUCUGGAAGUGUGCAUUCUCGUCCCCAUUCUCAGAAUGGAGAUUCGAAUGAACCCGUAGCUUCUCACCAAGUACAUCCUCAACCUCAUUAUUCUUAUGAGGCUGACGAGCGUACUCGUCUACUUCCACCAAGCCGUGAUGGUUACUUGAGUCCCGAUGAUCCAGCUGUAUCUCCAUAUAAUCUAUGGAGCGUACGAUUUUUGCGAUACUUCACGGUUUUGUUCGCCAUCAUCACAUUCCUGUGGUGGGUGUUGCUGCUGGUAUCAAUCUUUGUUUCCCCACCAGGCAUGCACUCGAGAGGCUCUGGCUUCUUCGACUUCUCAUAUACUACUUUGACCCUCAGCCUGCUACUCAUUGUGCUUCUCUUCUUUUCGACGCCUUCCAAAGCCGCACAAGUAACAUGCCUUGUCGUCGCCGUGAUUCUAUUGGUUGACAUGAUAAUGAUUGUCGCUGUCCCACGUCUUCGUGUAGAGGAGGGAUGGGUUGGAAUCGCUAGUGUUGUCUGGGCCCUGCUCAUAGCUAUAUGGACGAUUGUUACAGAUCGAGUCGUAGCGGCUGGCAAAAUAGAAGAGGAGGAGCGCUUAACUGGCCGAGCAGAGACUCGCCGAACGCUUAGAGAAUGGUGUUCCGUCUUGAUAUCUACAAUCAUUCUUAUAGUUUUAGCUCUCGUCACCAUUCUCUUAUCGGCUACACUCAUCCUGAGAUCUCGCGACGCCUCUCUUGCGCCACCAGGAGAGCGAUAUUACGUCGAUGGUGACAAAUACCAAAUACAUGUCUAUUGCGAAGGUAAUCUUACGGAUGCAAAGGGCAAGAAGAACCCAACAGUUUUAUUCGAAGCUGGCGAGGGACCCUUCGAGCAUGGCAUGCUCCAGAUUGCAACAAAUGCUUUUGCCAAUGGAAGCAUCGGCCGAUAUUGUUAUUCUGAUCGACCUGGAAUCGCAUGGUCUGACAAUGCGCCAUCUCCAUUCUCAGCAGGCAUGGCAGCGGACGCACUUUCAGAAGCUCUAGCUCGUGCAGGCGAAGAAGGCCCCUGGAUUCUCGCUAGUGCAGGAGUAGGCAGCAUCUAUAGCCGCAUAUUUUCCUCCCGACACGCUCGUGAGAUUGCAGGUCUUCUUCUCAUCGACCCUCUACACGAAGAUCUUCUCUACCGUCUCGGUACACCACAGAGAGGCUUCGUUCUCUGGGGUCGUGGUAUCCUCUCACCUCUCGGUCUGGAUCGUACAUUUGGCGCCAUUUUCAACGGCCGCACCCGAGAAGAUCGAGUAUUUGGACGUUCAGCUUAUCAAGGUGGAAAGUUCCUCAAGGCCAAACUUCAAGAAUCUCUGGUCGCCAAUUCAUUGACGAAGAAUGAGGUUAGUAGUGCAAGGAAUAUACAGUAUGCAAGUACACCACUUGUACUGAUUAGUUCCGGCAUUGAGGUCAGGAGAGAUAAUGAGUGGGAGAGGAAACAAGAAGAUCUUAGUCACUUAACGGAUAACCUGAAAAGCUGGGAUGUGGUCAAAGGAGCUCCUUCGGAGGUGUGGAAGACGCUCGAGGGAAGAGAGAUCAUCGAGGAGAGGUUGAAGAAGUUGGUCAAAGGAGCUGCGGACUUUGAAUUGAUGGAGUAGUUAAAUUGAUAAUGAGCAAGAGGAAGGGUGAGAAACGAGGAUGAAGAUAUUAGUACAUGAGCACAUGAUGGGCAUGAACAUAAACGUCUCUUUUGUGGGCUCUCGAUUGUUGGUUGGUAUAUUUGCAUUUCUACUUUGGUGCUGGAUGGCCGGGUUGGAUGGACUUCCAUAUUCUUUUACGAUUAGUUCACUUGUUUAACUAUGUAAUUAAUGCAUACCAUUCUUUUGAACCUUUACUUAGAUAUGACUUCUGUGAUGUGCAAGCCAUUU